AACACUGCAGGAGCUAAGUUAGCAAGUUGUUAAUCAUCAGAACCAAGAAAAACCUUGAAGCAAGUAGCUAGCUCUUUCUUUGCAGUGAGCUACCCUGCUUUCCUUUGGAUUUUCUUUUUCAACCAUGGAGGCCAGCAUAGCCUGCUGUUCAGCUAGGGCAUUCCUGCCCGGUGUUUCGACGCAGCAUUCGACUGCACUGGCUGCUCCAUCCACCAUCUCUCCAUCUUUCAGCUCCAAGAGCCUAAAAGCAACUUCCCUGUUUGGGGAGUCACUAAGACAAGUGCCAAGAUCAUCAUUGAAGGUUUCAAAGACAAAGCAGUCUUCUUUGGUCACCAAAUGUGAAAUUGGUGAUAGCUUGGAGGAGUUCCUUACAAAGGCAACCCCGGAUAAAGGGCUGAUCAGGUUGAUGAUGUGUAUGGGGGAAGCAAUUAGAACUAUUUCCUUCAAGGUGAGAACUGCUUCAUGUGGAGGAACAGCCUGUGUUAACUCUUUCGGGGAUGAGCAGCUCGCGGUAGAUAUGCUCGCCGACAAACUUCUGUUUGAGGCCUUAACUUACUCACAUGUCUGCAAAUACGCUUGCUCUGAAGAGGUUCCAGAACUCCAAGACAUGGGAGGUCCAGUUGAAGGUGGAUUCAGUGUUGCUUUUGAUCCACUGGACGGCUCCAGCAUUGUUGACACCAACUUCACUGUGGGCACCAUCUUUGGGGUUUGGCCAGGAGAUAAAUUAACUGGUGUAACAGGGGCAGACCAAGUUGCUGCAGCCAUGGGAAUUUAUGGUCCUAGAACUACUUAUGUCCUUGCCAUUAAGGGCUUCCCCGGAACACAUGAGUUCCUUCUUCUCGAUGAAGGAAAGUGGCAACAUGUCAAAGAGACAACAGAGAUAUCAGAAGGGAAAAUGUUCUCUCCUGGAAAUUUGAGAGCCACAUUUGAUAAUCCAGACUAUGACAAGUUGAUCAACUACUAUGUCAAAGAGAAAUACACACUGAGAUACACUGGAGGAAUGGUACCAGAUGUCAACCAGAUAAUUGUAAAGGAAAAGGGGGUUUUCACCAAUGUUUUAUCUCCAACUACCAAAGCCAAGCUCAGGCUGUUGUUUGAGGUAGCUCCAUUGGGGUUAUUGGUUGAGAAUGCUGGCGGUUAUAGUAGUGAUGGUCAUCAGUCUGUGCUAGACAAGGUCAUCGGAAAGCUCGACGAAAGAACUCAAGUUGCUUAUGGAUCCAAGAAUGAGAUCAUCCGGUUCGAAGAAACUCUAUACGGCUCAUCCAGGCUCAAAGGAGGUGUGGCUGUUGGAGCUGCCGCUUAA